AAUGCUGAAGCAGCAGAUGUUUACCGAGACUUGUGCAAUUGUGUCCGAUUCUUGUUUCCAGCCAUGACCAUGCAGUUCAUCAGUCACCGGUUUCCAGAGGAUCACGAUCCCACAAUUGAGGAUGCUUAUAAAAUACGAAUACGCAUUGAUGACGAACCUGCCAAUCUGGAUAUUUUGGACACAGCAGGACAGGCAGAGUUUACGGCCAUGAGAGACCAGUACAUGAGGGCUGGCGAGGGAUUUAUCAUCUGUUAUUCAAUCACAGACCGGCGCAGUUUCCAUGAAGUGCGUGAGUUCAAACAGCUAAUCUAUCGCGUUCGACGCACUGACGACACUCCUGUAGUCCUGGUGGGAAAUAAAUCUGAUCUAACGCAGCUGCGGCAGGUCUCCAAAGAAGAAGGCUCUGCUUUAGCGCGAGAAUUCAACUGCCCUUUUUUUGAAACGUCAGCUGCAUACCGUUACUAUAUUGAUGACGUAUUCCAUGCUCUGGUGCGGGAAAUCCGCAGGAAAGAAAAAGAAGCGGUAAUGGCAAUGGAGAAAAAAUCAAAACCCAAAAGCAGCAUGUGGAAAAGACUGAAGUCACCGUUUAGAAGGAAGAAGGAUUCAGUCACCUGAACAGCGAGAAUUCCUCUGCAAAAUAAAACAAAACCCAUGAACGGCCAUUUGUAACCAAAGUGGUUUCGUGACAGCAUUGUGACAGCGCCUUUGAAACCUGAUGGGACUUUCCUGAGGGGAUGCGUAACUUCUACCCGUUAUUUUAGAACAAUAUUCCCUUCGUUUGGGGUAUUUAACUUAAGACAGUAACAGUUGUACUUUUGUUUGUUGUCAUUUUUUUACUGGAUCCAGCAGAUGUUGCUUGUCUGUCGUUGGUUACAAACGCUGAUAGGUUUGUGUCCCUGCACGUUUGAAUGUUUGUCUUCGGUCACCGCAUACUGGAAGCUGAACUGUGUUAAAAUGUUGCUGAAGCUCUACCGAACCUAACUUAAUUCAUAUUUUUUUUUUUUCCUAGUUGUUUGCACAAGAGAAUUUUGCUGCUCUCCAGAACAGUAACUCCCAUCACGAGAGGCAGCUUGUUGAGGUCGUGCUGGAGUAGUUUACGAAGUGUCUGCCACGACUUAGCAGGCUCGGCUGCGUGUAGAUGUCGUGGAACGGAGCUGUGCUAGAGUUCUUGUGUUCUCACUGAGUAGAUUUUUCCCAGCAAAUGUAACACAGAAUACUUGUGGAAACUUCUGUAAAUUAUCAGUUCAGCAGCAGUGCUGUAGGUGGGAUUCCAAACAAGUCAGAAAAAGCAAAUUAUGGUUCCUGUGGCAGCUCUACCCUAGCAGCAGUGCAGGAGUAUGUAGCGUUUUCCCACUGUGUAUAGCAUUGACUGUGUUGCCAGAGCGUGUGUGAUGGAAUGAUGCUGUAGAAACCACAGCCGUGAAUUUUCCAACUUGCUUGUUAAAAAUGGUAGCUGUAAGGGCGCGCUGGCUUAUUUAUUUACCUUCAGUUUUAUGUUUUUGUCUUAGAGGAGCCAGUAUCUUUGUUAAGUAGAAGUCUCUAACAUAGUCAUUUCAAAUUAUUCUGUGAUAACUACUUUGGGGAGAAAAUGGCUGAUACUGAGAGAUCUGGGCCCAGAAUUAAUAUCCCUUAUGCUGGUAAGAUUCUUCCAAUUCAGUCUUAAAAGAGGAGUUGCUGCUGCAUUGGAAGGAAGCAGUGAGCUGGGCACUGGGGCAGUCCUGGCAGAUCCUCCCGUCCCCAACCUUACACGUGCAGGCAGUGCGGGUGCGGGUUUUCUUGCGCUCAGUAAUGAACGAUGUGGUUAAGAACGUGCUGCUGAGGCAGACCCUCCACACAGAGAGACAGGCGCUGCUUCCGAGCCGAUGUACAUAUACCUGGGUUACAGAACUUAAAUCCCGCAGAGAGACCGGUGUCUGGUGUUCCUCUCGGGGCUGUUUUUUAAUACUAGAACAAAUCGCAGGUGACGCAGGCACAGUUAAAACAAGUUUCUCGGAGAACUAAGUGCCUGGAAUCCUUCAGGUUGAGGUUGAAACAGCUUGGUAGACUUAAGAGUAGGAGAGCUACUGCUGUUCUUCCAUCAUCUGUGUCAGUAACUGUUAAUCUUACUGAUCAAAAAUAAGACCUGUAGUGUCAGUCUUGGUGUGCUGCCUGUGACAGUGCAGUCAGAACUGAAAAUCGGGAUGUGAAAGGAUUAGUGUGACAAGUGAGGAUAGCAAAUAUAUCAAAUUAAGCUUUUUUUUCUUGCUAAACUCCUCAUUGCUUAAGAUACACCUGGAAAUCCUGUGCCUGUUGUUUUUAAGACUAUUUUCUUUGUGUAAGAUUUAAAAAAAAAAAACUUAAAACAAGAAAUUUGCAGGGGGGUACAUUUUUUUUUUUUAUUUUGUUUGUGGCUGAACUAAACAUUUAAAUUGGUUUCUGUUUCUCACUUCCUUCCAGUGCUCCAGUGUCCUGCUGCGCUGGUAAUAAUCCCAUGUAUGUGGUUUGAAAAAGAGGCUGCGAAUAAUUCAGACUGUUUAGAAUUUAAGACUUCUUUUACGUUAACUGCGUGAGCAGUCGUGCGCAUCUCUUCAGUGGUUACUGGUUUAGGACUGAGAGCCCUACUGAUCAUUCGUGGUUGGAUUAAAUGCUGUCUGUAACACAGAUAAAAAUCCUAGGAAAGCCCAUCUAGCAGAAAACUCGAGGAGGAGGGGGCAACGGUUAAGAAGUUGCUCCAAAAGCAGUCGCUGAUUCUGUCAACGUAAAAAUUCUUUCAGACCAGCAGCCUUCUGGAAGUGCUGAGCGGGGGCCUGACGGCGAUCGCACAUUUUCCCUGUGCUUUUCCUUGAUACAGUAAGUGAACAUACAGUAUUAGUUGGCUUCCUAUGCUCCAAGUUUUUGGAAUAUAUGUAAAGGUAACCUGUCAGCAGUACUGAAAGCUGUACGGGGCUGUUUUCACCUUUAAAUAACCCACGUCUGUGCCUUACGGGAUUCCUUCAAUGCAAUUUAAGUGUUUACUAAUGCCUUUUGUGAGCCUGUUGCUUAUAGAAUUACUACACCAGAACAGCAGCAAGCACUUUUUUUUUUUACACAGUGUUAUUCAAAAAGAGUUUUA